AUGGCCAGGGGCAGCGUGGGCGCUCCUAAUCACAAAGGCACGGGACGCACGUGCUCGAGGGCCGCCGGCUCCCCCUCUCCGAUCCAGACGGAGCCGGUUCUGGCUCUGCGCUCCCUCCCCGAGGACGACGCCCUUCGUCCUCGUGCCCUGCCCCGGGACCCGCCUGGUGCCCUAACCCGCGCGUCCCAGAAUCAGCCUCCUCCGACUCCGCCGGCUUGGCGCUUGACUCACCUGGAGAGCUGGGGUUUGGGGGUGCUGCGGGGGGUGGGCCCGGCUUCCUCCUCCUGCUUCAUCCUCCCGGGGGCCUCAGAGCCCUUUCCUAGAGCCCCCAGGCCUGGCGGGAAGGGGGGCCCCGGGGGGGGGGCUGGCCCCGCAGCUCACCCCUCACCUGCGCUCCUUCUCCAGUUCUCCCAGCUGGUGUCCGGAGAUGUGGAGCUCCUGGGCGGAGGCGCCUACACGCUGUGCACGGACGGGCCGCUCCUGGUGCGCCAAGUCCUCCACCCGGAGGCCUCCAGAAAGAACCUGGUGCUGCCCGACGCCUUCUUCUCCUUCUAUGACCUGCGCAGAGAGUUCCACGCCCGGCGCCCCGAGGCCGGACCUGCCCGGGACCUCACUGUGGCCGCCAUGGCCCAGAACAUGGGCCUGGAGACGGACGCGGCCGAGGACGACUUUGGGGUGUGGGAGGUGAAGACCAUGGUGACCAUCGUCUGCCACCUCCUCUCAGAACAAAAUCACACGUUCACCGAGCCUGAGACAGUCAAGUGCAAGUACGACUCGGGACCCUGCAGCAAGGCCGAGGUGGUGGACAACGAGACGGUGGUGCGUGCGAGGGGCCUCCCCUGGCAGUCGUCUGACCAGGACAUCGCCCGCUUCUUCAAGGGGCUCAACAUCGCCAAGGGCGGCGUGGCCUUGUGCCUGAACGCCCAGGGCCGGAGGAACGGGGAGGCGCUCGUCCGCUUCGUGGACUCGGAGCAGAGAGACCUGGCGCUGGAGCGGCACAAGCACCACAUGGGCGCCCGCUACAUCGAGGUCUACAAAGCCUCCGGGGAGGAGUUCCUCAAGAUCGCAGGGGGCACGUCCCACGAGGUGGCCCAGUUCCUGUCCCGGGAGGACCAGGUGAUCAUCCGGAUGCGGGGGCUGCCCUUCACAGCCACCCCUGGGGACGUGCUGGCCUUCCUGGGCCCCGAGUGUCCGGUGACCGGCGGUCCCGAGGGGCUGCUCUUCGUCCGCUACCCGGAUGGGCGCCCCACGGGCGACGCCUUCGCCCUGUUUGCCUGCGAGGAGCUGGCCCAGGGCGCGCUGCGCAAGCACAAGGGCAUCCUGGGCAAACGCUACAUCGAGCUGUUCCGGAGCACGGCGGCCGAGGUCCAGCAGGUCCUGAACCGCUACAUGUCGAGCCCGCUGAUCCCCACGCUCCCGGCCCCGCUGAUCCCGGUGCUGCCCGCCCCCUUCCCCUUGGCGGGCGCCGGCGUCCGGGACUGCGUCCGCCUCCGGGGUCUGCCCUACACCGCCAGCAUCGACGACAUCCUGGGCUUCCUGGGGGAGGCGGCCGGGGACAUCCGGCCCCACGGGGUCCACAUGGUGCUCAAUCAGCAGGGCCGGCCGUCGGGAGACGCCUUCAUCCAGAUGAAGUCUGCUGACCGAGCCCUCGUGGCCGCCCAGAGGUGCCACAAGAAGAUGAUGAAGGAGCGCUACGUGGAGGUGUUCCCCUGCUCCGGGGAGGAGAUGAGCCUCGUGCUGAUGGGGGGCUCGCUGAGCCGCAGCGGCCUGUCCCCCCCGCCCUGCAAGCUGCCCUGUCUCUCCCCUCCCACCUACGCCGCCUUCCAGACAGCCACGGCCGUGAUCCCCACCGAGGCGACGGCCGCCCUCUAUCCCCCGUCGGCUCUCCUCCCCGCGGCCAGGGCGCCUUCGGCCCCCACGCCUGUCACCUACUACCCCCCUCCGGCCACUCAGCUCUACAUGAACUACACGACCUAUUACCCCAGCCCCCCAGUGUCCCCCACCACGGUGGGCUACCUCACGGCUCCCUCAGCAGCGGUGGCCCCCACGCCGGCCUCGGUCCUGCAGCAGCCCGGGGCGCUGGUGAGGAUGCAGGGGCUCCCAUACACGGCCGGCGUGAAGGACAUCCUCAGCUUCUUCCAGGGCUACCAGCUUGCCCCUGAUGACUACGCCAAUCUGGUCCCUGUGGGUGACCCCCCUCGGCCCGUGCUCCAGGCCCCCAAAGAAUGGGUGUGCUUGUAGCUGUGAGGGCCCCGAGAAGCUCCCGGCAGACUCUGUCCUGGUCCUCCACAGCUUCAGCGGCCGGCCUCGGGGCGAUGCUCUGGUCACCUUCCCCAGCCUGGACGCCGCCCG